AGACACCAACUAAUAACAUCCUUUCUCAGUAUGUACGGAAGUAAACUAUGACCAAGAACAAUUUACACAUGAGCGUUUUUUCAUUGUUAUUUGGACAUUUUUGAAUACCAUGGAACUCAAAAUAUGGCUCAUUUAACUGCGCAGCAUCACAUUCCCCAUCUAUUAUUUAAUUCGCGUUAGAGACAGGACUUGGUUGUUAGACGUUAUCUUGGUAUCGCUAGCUGCUAACAAUGGCUAACUGUAUGGUUUUUCACACUCAAAUAGCCUCCAUCAUGGAGGUGCUAGCAAAUACAGCCGUGGCAGAGAUCUGUAAACUCGUAGAUGACGACUAUGCAGUGUUUCGUUUGGAAAUAACUCAAAGCCAGAAAGAAAACAGAGGAUUGCGGAGGAAACUACUGGAAAUGAAGGUGUCACGGGAGCGCGCAGAGAGAACAAUGCGAGAGCGCGUCCUCGCCAGUCGUCCCAGUAGUGUCAAGAUCCUCGACCGAUACAGAGGAAUGGCAAGAGGACAUCUCACUGGAGGCCACAGGAACUUUGUGAAGCCAGCGGGGCACAAUACAUGGAGAGAUGACCAACAAAUCACUCUUGAUGAGGGGAGUGGAACCUCAACCCAGCAUGUUAUCAUGAUAGAGUCUGCAGAUGGAGAGGCUGCAGGUACUGGAGGAUUGUGUCCGGUCAAGCAGGAGAGGACUGAAGGAGACGACCCACAACACAGCAGAGAAAUCCAGACUGUAGACACGGGGGACCAUUCCACCACCGCUAUGCCCCAGCCCAGGACCAGACGCAGCAUCACGGCAGUCAGUGGAAUGCCGAACGCCGUCCUCAAGUCCGAGACAGACAAAGAGACUUUAACUGUAACCAAAAGGCUUUUACACACAGGAUCUGACCACAGGUCAGACCCAGAGAGACUGAAGCUGGGGCCACUGGCCUGUCCUGCUGUUCCUGGCUCAGAGUACUUACCAUUAUUUCAUCAGAGCCAGAUGAUGGAUCAUUCCUGUGGAGAUGGUGAUCGUGACGCAUUAGACACAGGCAGUGAUGAUCCGUCUUGUUCUUACUCUACAGAGCUGGACCCUGGCAACAUGCCCUUGGGUUUAGAGACACAGACUGAUAUGUCUAGAGGGGACUGGAACCGGUACAGUAGUAGUGUAUACUUUGAAGGGUGCCUAGAUAAGAAAGGGGGGGGUCUGGUCGUAGAUGAAGUGAAAGUGGAGGGCGACACUCCUCCCACACGGAAUGGAGAUCGUCACCUUGGAGACGGACACUCACAGGGCAGAGAUUUAUUAGAUUACAGGGAAAGCUUAGAGACAAAUCCAAAUGUCACAAACCACUGCACUUUACACGCAUAGGAUGGCGACCCAGUGUCCACGUCGAUGGGACCUUCCGACCCACACGGCUCAAAUGACAGGGCUAGAGCCCAGGCUCAGGGAGGGGAAGCCACAUCAGGCAAUAGUAAAGAUAAACGGUUUCUCUGCAUGUUCUGUAACAAAGGCUUCAGCUGCCUCCAGAAGGUGGAGAUCCACCAGAGGGUCCACACAGGGGAGAAACCCUUCAGCUGUACCCAGUGUCAGAUGCGUUUUGCACAGACUGGUGACCUAAAAAGGCAUCAGAGGGUCCACACGGGGGAGAAACCAUUCGGCUGCCACCUGUGCCGGGCUAAUUUCUCCCACUCCUCCAGCCUGAAAAGGCACCAGAGGGUCCACACAGGGGAGAAACCCUACAGUUGCCCCCAGUGUGAGAAGAGGUUCUCCCACCAGCACCAUUUGAAGAUGCACCUGAAGGUCCACACGGGAGCGAGGUCGUUUGCCUGUACGCACUGCGGGAAAAGUUUCUCAGAGAGGAGCUACCUCAGAAUACACCAGCAGAAAAAACAUUCCAUUCUAUAACAUAGAAAGUAACCAUUCUGCUCAAAGUUUAGAUCAAACCUUGCAUUAAAGACAAAGAUUAAUGUAUUGUUGUCAGCAGAAAAAAAAUAGAGAUGCAUUUGGUAUAACAAGAGUUACAGAUUUCAGUGUUGAAUAUUCCUGAGUAGAAUAUUGCAUCGAGAGAGUGUGUGAUAUAUAAUAUAUACAGUGCCUUCGGGAAGUAUUGAGACGCCUUGACUACGCCUUGAUCUACACACAACAACCCAUAAUGCGAAAAUAGGUUUUUAGACAUUUUUGCAAAUGUAUUACAAAUAAAAAACACCUUAUUUGCAUACAGUACCAGUCAAGUUUGGACACCUACUAAUUCAAGGGUUUUUCUUUAUUUUUACUAUUUUCUACAUUGUAGACAUCAAAACUAUGAAAUAACACAUGGAAUCAUGUAGUAACCAAAAAAGUGUUAAACAAAGAUUCUUCAAAGUAAAGACCCUUUGCCUUGAUGACCGCUUUGCACACACUUGGUAUUCUCUCAACCAACUUCACCUGUAAUGCUUUUCCAACAGUCUUGAAGAUGUUCCCACAUAUGCUGAGCACUUGUUGGCUGCGGAGGCAGGGACUGGGAGACUAGUCAGGAAAAAUGAACAGAGCAAAGUACAAACAGAUCCUUGAUGAAAACCUGCUCCAGAGCGCUCGGGACCUCAAACUGGGGCGAAGGUGCACCUUCCAACAGGUCAACGACCCUAUGCACACAGCCAAGACAAUGCAAGAGUGGAUUCGGGACAAGUCUCAAAAUGUCCCAGAGCCCGGACUUGAACCCGGUCAAGCAUUUCUGGAGAGACCUGAAAAUAGCUGUGCAUCAAUGCUCCCCAUCCAACCUGACAGAGCUUGAGAGGAUCUGCAGAAAAGAAUGGGAGAAACUUCCCAAAUACAUGUGUGCCAUGCUUGUAGUGUCAUGCCCAGGAAGACUCAAGGCUGUAAUUGCUGCUAAAGGUGCAUCAAAAAAGUACUGAGUAAAGGGUCUGAACACUUAUGUAAAUGUGAUAUAUCCUUUUUUUUUUUGUAAUAAAUUAGCAAACAUUUCUAAA